AUGACACAAAUAACUCAAAGUGCCAAUUUGAUUGAGAACUGGAUCGAUAAUGCUGCUGUGAAGGGUUUCGGUAGUGGUGUGUUCCCUGUGGUGCAUCCAAACACCCACGCCAUUCCACACAGCGUCGUCUCUGCUUCUGACAGCGAUAUCGACAACGCCCUACAUUCAUCCCUCACAGCGUUCAAAUCCUGGAAGAAAACUACACACGACGAGCGCAGAGACGUUCUCCUUCGAGCUGCUGCUAUACUCAAGAGUAGAUCCGAGGAAAUGUACGAAGCAUACGCUUCUGAACUCGACGUCGACCACCACUUUGUCGAGUUCCUCGUCUCAAUCACCUCCUCGAUGAUGGAAACUGCAGCGAGUUUGAUAAUCCCAGCGCUUACAGGGGAGUGUCCACCCACUAAGCGUGCCAAUGAGGCCCUCUACUUGUGCGAAAGGGAGCCACUCGGAGUGUGUCUCGCUCUCGCGCCCUGGAACGCUGCACCUAAUCUAUCCAUACGCGCGAUUAUUAACCCCCUCGCAGCUGGAAACACAGUAAUAUUCAAGACAAGCGAUAUCACACCCAAAACUCACUUCCUCUGGGGCGACAUAUUUAGAGAGGCGGGGCUGCCAGAUGGAUGUCUUAAUAUUUUGCACUCCUCGAGAGAAAAUGCUCCUUCAGUGACUCAGAAUCUCAUUGCUGAUGACAGAGUUAGGCAUGUGUCUUUCACUGGCAGCACCAGUGUAGGGAAGGAGAUAGGAAAAUUUGCAGGGCAUCACCUCAAACCGUGUCUACUGGAGCUUGGCGGGAAAUGCCCGGUGCUCGUCCUCGACGAUGCCGAUCUCGACAAGGUUGUCCAGCAGUCCUUCUUCCAUGCAUGGGUGAAUGCGGGACAGAUAUGCAUGGCGACAGAGCGAGUUAUUGCGGGUGCCUCUACAUACGACAAACUCAUCCAGACAUACAAAGCGAACGCCCCACCGAACACGUCCUCAUCUGUAGCUAUGGCGGGUUCAUUCACGCGUAUUGUGGGGAUGGUGGAUGAUGCUCUGGUAAAAGGCGCAAAAGUGCUCGUAGGUAGCUGGCCACCGUCACCUGAAGACGUCGAGAGGUGCAAAAUACCAAACAUACUCCUCACAGACGCUACACCCGAGAUGUCAAUAUGGGACCAGGAGACAUUCGGUCCAAUUGCGCUGAUAUUAAAGGCGUGUGAGAAUGAGGAGGAUGGUGAAAGCGAAGACGACGCUAUCGUCAGAGCUGCGAACGCCUCCAGAUACGGCCUCGCUGCGUCCAUCUACUCGACCAAUAUCACCCGCGUGUUGAAACUGGCUAAAGAGCUCCAAGUCGGUCUGGUGCGUAUCAACGAAGGCACUAUUGGCGAUGAGGCUGUUUGUCCAUUUGGCGGAUGCAAGGAUACCGGGUUUGACAUACUCUAUUGCACUGUAAAGAAAGAAAAAUUAAGUGAAAAUUGUUUCAUUUCAUCCUUGAUUCCAUACCGUCAUCGUGGUUCUGAAGAUAAAGCAUGUCUGAUUUAUCACAACAGCAGUGAACUCAUGUUUAUCAUGCAACAACGACAGCUACAGAUGCAACAGGCGGCUGGAGUAGGCGUGGGCGUGGGCGUGGGAUCACAACAGCAGCAGCAGUCACAGCAGCCGCCUCAGCCGCCUCAACAAGCUCACACUCCUCGCACUCCCCAUACUCCCCAUACUCCCCACACUCCCCAGCAGCUCAACCACCAACUACCACAGCCAUCCACCCACACACCCACAGCCCCUACCAUCCCCUUCAAAAUAUCUCCCCAAGAAUUCUACAAAACGCUGGCCGAGUUGAUGAUACGCCGUAAUACGCCGAUUCCCCCAAAUAUACUGACAUGGCCACCACAUCCUAAUGGCGGGAAAGGUGAGGUGGUUCUGGGUGGUAAGACGGUGGAUUUGUACAAGAUCUUCGGCGUGGUCGUCCAGCUGGGCGGAUCGGGCAAGUUGCAGAGAGAGCAGCAGUGGGAUAAGGUGUUGCAUAUACUGCAGGUUCCUGCGCAGUUUAACGGCGUUAAUAUGGUAGCGCAGCUGGUCAACUACUACGGGCAUCUUUUACAGCCAUUUGAAGAACUUUAUAUUAGAAUGGUGUUGGCUAGACGGCAACAGCAAGUGCAGCAGCAGUCACAGUCACAGCAGCACUCUCAACACGCUCAACAACAGCACGCUCAAGCUCAGUUGCUCCAGCAGCAAUUACAGCAGCAGCAAGUGCAGCAAAUUGAACAGCAAAGACAACAGCAACAACAGCAGCAACAGCGGGAACAGCAGGCAGCUGCACUUAAGCAGCAGCAGGUGCAAAUGAUACAACAACAACAACAACAACAACAACAACAACAGCAAUACCAGCAGCACGCUCAACACGCUCAACACGCUCAACAUCAAAUUUCUCCUUUAACCACCACCACUCAAUCUCCGUACGCUCCACCAAGGCAAAUUCCCAGUAGAAUGUCAAACACGCAGCAGCAAUUGCAGCAAUCGCCGUUAAUUGGUGGGAGUGGAGGGAUUAACAGCAACAACAACAGCCCACACUUCAAACCACCAGCGCAGGUGCAUCCUUCUACACCGGUUAUACCAAUUUCAUCAGCAGUACCAACAGUACCAACGCCAGUACCAACACCAAGUCGACCACAGUCAGGAAAUCAACAGCUUGGACAACGACCACACUCUUCACAUUCCUCACAACCCCCUCACAAACGCCAGAAAGGUGAUACAUAUAUACCCUACAAGCGCACAGUUAAUACUUACGGCGGACUGAAUAUGGAGGAGCUGGAGGAUGAGCGAGCGGUGAAUAAAGCUGCUAUUACUCCACGAUCAGUUAAUGAAUUCAGGGAUGUGGAGAUAACAAAGCUGAUACUGUCACUGCGAAGUCGAAUAUCUUUUGAAUUGAGCCAUGCGUUAGUGUGUCUCACUCUGUUAUCUACAUCUAGCCUCGUUCCGGAGAUUGCACUCGAUAGGUCGGACGAAUUGCUCGAUGAGCUGCUUGAGUUGCUCAACGACGAGGCAGGCACGAAUGAUCAAGUUGUUGAGACUUCAAAUUUGCAUGACAUGCAAAAUCGACAGAUGGAAUUGCAUAGAGUGGUUUGCGAGAUGGGGGUGUAUUUGCAAGGUGGUGAGAGUGUCAAAGGUGGUAGUGGUAGCUACCCCCACAGCGACAACCCCACCUUUCCCUGCACUUCACCCCUAAAUAAAAUACUCUACGUUACUAACAUACUGCGCAAUUUAUCCACUACACCCUGUAACCAUGCGAUACUAGCGAAUUCGAGGUGGCUGCUCAAUACGCUGCUCGUAAUGUGUGGAUGGCGCGAGCACCCACUAGAAGUAUUUCAGAUUCGCAAUGACACACUGCAGAUAUUAGCGCAUGUAUCGAGAUCUAUGGAGCUGACGGAGGACACUCCAGCGGAGCUGCUCGUUUCGCUAUACGGGUUCUUUCUAAGCUACAUGACGAACAUGGACGAGAGCGAGGCGUAUCCAGCUGGUUUUCCCAUAAGUCGCGCGAGUUUACAUGCCUGGUUGCCACCGUACGAGGCGGGAGUGGCGUACUGGAAGGAUGUAGCGAUGGAAGCGGCGACGGUUGUAGCGACACCCGAGUGCAACCGUGCCGUGUUAGCUGUAACUCUGAGUGAGGAGAUGAAAGACGAGUUUAUCAACGUCCUACUAGGGAUGGUACCGCAAUUUGAUCGCGAUUUUCACCUCCUCAAUACAGAGUCGACUCUCGCGCAUAUGGAGCGCGUCAGUAUGGCUCUGUACAACUUUGUACGUAUCGCUCAACCGCCCACGCUGGCUAGGUGGCGCAAACGGGCGCAACUCACCCAGAAACUCUUCCGCGUCGUCACCAGACUCGCUUUUAUGAAUAGGUCGGAGUGGGAACGUAACCCAUUCCACGUCGUCAUUCGUCGCACUAUCGAGACGCUGCGUAUUGUUAAUGACGGUGGCGAGGAGACACGCGAGGAGGAUGACGUCGUCUUUGGUUUCGGUAGCUCAGGUGAACCGGUCGUCGAAGUCGGUGUUGAUCGCAAAGCAGAUAAGAAACAUUCACGUAGAGGCCUCCUAGCUGAUAGAAUGAUCGAGGUACAGUCUCUACUUCUCAUACCGUUUAUCGAUCGAGUCUCGUUUAAUGAUCUUGAAAGGCUGAUAGAAUUGGGUUAG